AUGGCGUCCGCUAGUGCACCGCUCAAGGAAGUUGCAAAAGCUACAAAGCGGAUCCUGAUGUGCCGCCCUACCUACUUCCAGGUGUCCUACUCGAUCAAUCCAUGGAUGGAUAUGCGACGUGGGGUGAAUCGGCCUAAAGCCAUGGAACAAUGGGAGAAACUUAAGACGACGUUAGAAGGAUGUGGAGCACGAGUUGAUGUCAUGGAAGCUGAUGUGAGCCUUCGUUUGCGUUUUUGA